CAUAUAAGGAGAAGAUAUCGAGCUGGUUUCUCUGACUCGAACAUUGCAUCUCUUGGUAAUUAAUCAUCCAUUUCUGUGUUCUCUAGAGUGUACAUGAUAAGAGACUUCAACGAUUUUGCUAAUGUUAGAAUUCUAUAUCAUGUUAGAACUGGCAUCAUCAUUAGACACCGAAGUAGAGAAAAUAGAUCAGCCAUCUCCAACAGAUGCUCUUGAGGAUUGCUCAAAAGGUACCGUAGAAUCUAUAGAACCAAGUGUAGAAUCUAUGGAAUCAAGAGGUAUAGGGACAAUGGAAUCUGCAGAAUCUGAGUCAACUUCUUGUAAGGCCAGCACUUCAUCAGACACUGAAAACCAACUAAAUUUAGCUACUAUUGUUCAAUGGCGUGGCUUCUUUCGCUUACUGAAAAAAGGACCUGGAAUCACCCCUCAAACUUUACCUCCUCUAAAACCUAAGCUCACUAGAAGAAAGAGCAAAAGAAUUAGAGAUGAGAUGGUUCCACAACUAUGUUCUGCUCUUGAUGCUGAACUAUGCUGUUUUAAAUCUACCUGGAAGAACUUCUCGCUCUCAGAGCUUCAGGAAGCAACCAAUAACUUCAGUCAUGAAAAUUUGAUAGGAGAAGGAGGGUAUGCAGAAGUUUACAAAGGGCAAUUGAAAAGCGGAAAGCUUGUCGCAAUUAAGCGGCUAACCAGGGGUUCAACAGAAGAGAUGACAAUGGAUUUCUUGUCUGAGCUUGGAAUUAUAGUUCAUGUUGACCAUCCCAAUAUUGCUAAAUUGAUUGGAUAUGGGGUUGAAGGAGGGUUGCACCUUGUUCUUCAAUUGUCUCCCCACGGAAGCCUGGCCUCAUUACUUUAUGGCCCAAAGGAGAAACUGCAAUGGUGCAUCAGAUUCAAGAGCGCUGUAGGGGCUGCCGAAGGGCUUAGCUAUCUUCAUGAACGUUGCCAGAGGAGAAUUAUCCAUAAAGAUAUCAAAGCUUCAAACAUAUUGCUUACUGAGGACUUCGAAGCUCAGAUAUCUGAUUUUGGUCUUGCAAAGUGGUUACCUGAUCAAUGGACUCAUCAUACCGUCUCUAAAGUGGAAGGCACAUUUGGUUACCUUCCUCCUGAGUUCUUCAUGCAUGGCGUAGUAGAUGAAAAAACAGACGUCUAUGCUUUCGGGGUACUGCUGUUGGAGCUCAUCACCGGGAGGCAAGCUGUAGAUAGUUCACAGCAAAGCCUUGUUAUGUGGGUAGGUUCCUUGAAUUUAUACUACAAUGUCCACUAUUCUGAGUAUUCCAAUGAUUCAAUUUCUUUACACAAAUUCUUGCAGGCAAAACCUUUGAUCAAAGAAAAUAAGUUCAAAGAACUUGCUGAUCCAACUCUAGGUGAUGCCUAUGACUUGGAUCAGUUGAACCGUGUUACUGGGACAGCAUCCAUUUGUAUACAUCAGUCUGCAGUGAAUCGACCCCAAAUGAGCCAGGUUGUAAACAUUCUGAAGGGUGAUCUUAGCUGCCUGGAGUCGCUGAAACAACACGAAAAGGCUGUGCUUCAGAGGACUUACUCAGAGGAGAUCCAUGAUGCAGAAGAAUACAACUCAACAAAGUAUUUGAAUGAUCUGAACCGACAGAUGGAGAUUCUUUUAGGACAGUCUAAUGAUGUUUAAACUUCUUUUUAUAUCUUUAGGUGACUUUGAAUUCUGAUUCUUCUUCUUGUAAAUUCUGUGAAGUUGUGGCUUCUUCUAGCUUGUUACAUCCUUCUAUUAAGUUCUAAUUUCACCUAUGAACCCAAAAAUUGAGGGAUCAGAAGAGUUUGGAAGAGGGGAAAAGAACAAUAGAAAAAAAAAUUAUAACAAUAAUUUAGAUUCUGGCACAUGGCAUGGACUAAUUGGUCACAAUUGACUUUUUUUAUUGCCAUUUUGAA